AUGUAUGAAAAUGAUAAUACAGAUACAGCUGACAGUCAUCAUAAAGUAAAUAAUUAUUAAAUAAAGAAUGAGGAAUUGAUUGAAGAGUUAUAAAAGUACUGGCGAUUAGUGAUAUCUCAUAUGGGUUAAGACUACUAACAUUUGUUAAAAUUGUCAAGUGAUUCAGAUGCAUUAGAAAUAGUUUAAUCAUUAGCUAUUUUAGAAGAUAUUAGAUAUAAUGAUUAAAAAGUUCCAUAAAAUCAAGAUAUUCAAAAUGAAAUAAUGGAAUUUAAAUAAUAAAUUUCUAACUAAAAAAAUGAUCUGGAAGCUAAAACAUAACUUAUUCAUCAAUUAUUACAUAAAUAAACAUAAUUAUAAGAGUAGAAUCAAGAAAUGCUUCUUAAAUUGAUAUAAAAAGAAGAGGAAAAUUCCAGUAAAAUAGCUUAACUCUAAAAAGAAAUAAAAGAUAAUAACAACAAAAUUCAGACUCGAAUACCAUCAUAAUUAUAAUCAGCCCGUUAACCAUUUUAAUAGUUUAGUUAAUCGACUAAAAGUUCUCCGUAACCAAGAGAAUUUCGUCAACUAAGCAAUUAUUAUUAAACAACAUUAAGUAAAUUAAUAAAAGUUUCUGGUACUCAUAAUAAUACAAUUAAAAAUAAUAGCAAUAUUGUUUUUUAAUGA